UAUACACUUCUGGUACCUCUAAUGUUCAUAGCGCAAAGCUACAUGCAUUCACUUAGACUUUCUGACAAAUCCCUUUGUUAUACACUCUUCUUGGCUCAGCGAAAACAUUUGACCAUUGCUAACAUGUUUUGGUUUUAGUCGUCCGUUAACUGUGUAUUCACCGUAUCAAGCUUGUCGCUGAUAUGCACUCAUUUCAAUUUCAAAGUGGUUUAUAGACCUAGAAUCUGUCAAUACCACCCGACGCGGGUACUAUCUUUCAGGCGAUCGUACUUUCUAUCUAUCAUAGAUAUACACAUCGCAACUUCCAGCCUGGCGUAUACGCUUUCUUGCAUCUACCUUAAAUAACAAUGCUACAAGUUCACUACUGUUCUCUUACAAACCUCUUGUUGCAUCUUACUUCUUCAUGCUGCAUCCCUUUUGCCUCUAUUCGGAUCCCCCGUGCCUAACCAUCAUGAUCUACUUCUUCACCAGCUUUCUCCUCACCAUUCCCCUUCACGUAUUCGGAAAAUCGGCCGCAAAAUUGUGUCAUGGGAGUGCCACUCUGGCAGAUGAUGGCAACUGGUACUGCUCGCAAGUCAAUGCCAUCACAUACAAGAACAUCAACCAGGCAGGCAGAUACAACCGAACUACGGGGAUCGAUCCAGAUUCUGGCGUAUGCCACCAUGAGCCUAUUGCUUACUCGGGCAUUGGCGCAACUACUCCGUUAAUUGGAGAACUCUCUAUGCAUCUUCGUGGUCCGAUGAAUGUUUCACAAAUCGCCGUUUACAAGCUCCCAGACGUGUCAGCCAACGGUGGUCGUCAACCAAGAAAGCGAAGCGAUUACAAGAUCUUCUUGGAGAAAGAAUUACAGGAGUCUCAAUCUCGAGGGUGCUCGAGAUCUACCAUCACCACGACCUUGUACGUUACGGGCAGUACUUGCGGACAGACCGUUUCUUCUUCAACUACCUGCGAUACCACCAGCUCUUUUUUGCCGUGGUCAUCGCCCGUCCCUGAUGUAGCAAUACCACCUAUUCCCGUAGUUCCACCCCACAUCAUUCCGCCGUUGCCACCAACAAUUCCAUCUCCGCCUGUAAUUACUACAGCAGUUCACGAUGCCACCACCGUCUGUUCAAAGAACAUAUCGCUGAGCUAUACUACGCCGUUGAAUGGUUCGGUGGUGAAUGCAAGCUCAGUGGACUCUGGCAUGUCUUUUCCCCAUCUAUCGACUAUGACAUCAAGCCCGAAUGAGAGUUUUGGGAUGCCGGCUUCCUGUGAAACGGAUACGAAAUCUGAGGCCAUGCACACAAUGGCCAGGUCGAACGAGCGCAGAGCCUUUCAUAACACUGACCCCAUCGCUACUACACACUCUCCGCCAUUGCGUGCAGGCGACACAUGGAGCAGAGUGGCCUAUUACACCUCAGCAGCACCCGCUGAAGCUACUGGUUUUGCCUUCCUGGCCAAUCUUGGUGAUCCACAAAAGUCCGGAACGUUUGAUUAUUCAUUUGGGAAUUCUCUUGGGUAUGUGAUUGGAGACGGCAGCAAGGUGACGACGGAUAAUACACCAUUCGACGGCACACUGGCAACCUCGGAGCGUGAGAUUGCAGUUUUCACGGACGAAAUUUGCGAUGGAAACUGUGAAUACGCAAGGCCAGAUAGUGUUGCACACUACGGCUGGGGAGGACCCUCGAAAGCGUUCUUGAUUGAAUUUCAGAUGGACCAUUACGACAACGAAGGGUCAGACCAAGGGAUGCUGUCGGAUGCUCCCGCAUGGUGGUUUCUCAACGCGGCCAUCCCACGCAUCCUGCAAUAUGGCAACGAUCGCAACAACAUUCCGUGCUCGUGCUGGUCUACAGGCUGCGGUGAAUUCGAUGCCUUUGAACUGCUUGGGCGAGGCGAAUUGCGCGCCAAAUCGACCAUUCAUCGACAGGGCAAUCGGGAAGGUGGCGACAGCAACUACUUCCUGCGACCAGUAGGCCGUAUGCUCAAGUUUGCGGUCAUCUUUCACGAGUGGAACAUCACGGCGAGAGUGUUGGACGACUCGUUUGAUUUCUCGCAGAGCUUGACGCAAGCGCAGAUUGAUGACUUCGUGGCGUACAGCGAAGAUGAUGAUGGGCAUUCGUUGUUUCCGAUUGGGGAUUGA